CUUGCCGCCCUGCCUACUUUUGCUCGCGCGCGGAGUUUCCAGACGUUAGGAUAAUGAAACAUGUCCUCCUCUGAGAGCUCGGCUGUUGGUGGAGUUCAGGGCUCUUUGCUCAAACUUCACUCUUUUCUUGGAGACACAGAAACGAGAAACGCUGCUAUUAUAUGCCAUGAUAUUAUAGGAGACCUGGGGCAGGAGUGUAUGGUGACCAAGAGCGAGAAUGAAUUGGCUUUCCAGACGUCGUUGUUGUUUGCAAAAGAAGAAGGACUACUGACCUUUCUCCGAAAGUCCCUGGCCAGCAAAAUGCUCCAGGAUGCCAGGGUGGAUAUCCUCAAUCUGCUGGCGACAUUCCUGCAGAGGAUGGCUGACUACGUUAAAGGAUGGGAGAAGAACUACGCCGUUGAGCUCAAGGACACUUGUCUUGUUGUCUACACAAAAGACAAAGCUGCGAAGUCUAGGGGACCUGCUUUAGAGCUGCUUAUCAAGGUACUCUAUCUCACCAAGGACUCAAGUGUUGCUCAGGACUUCAAAAUAGGAGACAUGUUCAACAAGUUUUAUGGGGAGCUGUGUCAGAAAAGCAGUAUACCUGACACAGUGCUGGGGAAUAUUUAUGAACUUCUUGGAGUAUUGGGUGAAGUGCACCCUAGCGAGAUGGUCAACAAUUCAGACAAACUCUAUAAGGAGUAUCUCGGAGAACUAAAAGUACAGAUGACCUCUGCUACGAAGGAGCCGAAGCUCCCUGUUGUUGCUGGUUGUCUGAGGGGGAUCACAGCACUGAUGGUGAACUUUACCAAAUCAAUGGAAGAAGACCCUGUUACUUCAAAAGAAAUCUUUGGCUAUGCAUUAAAGGCAAUCUGCCCACAGACUGAAAUGAAGCGCUACGCAGUCCCCUUUGCUGGAUUGAAACUCUUCACAAAGCAUGCAGGCCAGUUCAGCAGCUGCCUCAUGGACCACUACAAGACUGUGUUUGAUGUGAUGUCCAAACUUUGCGGACACAUAAAUUCUGAAAUGAAGAAAACAAGCUAUUCUGCUCUGGAGUCUUUCCUUAAACAGGUUGCCAUCUUGGUGGCUGCAGAUGUUGAGCAGCAUCAAGGCAAGCUGAAGUUCUUUAUGCAGAAGUUUUGCUCUAUUAUCAGGACAAUGGACUCUUCUAACAAAGAACUCUCCAUUGCUAUAAGAGGAUAUGGACUUUUUGCCGCGCCGUGUAAAGUGGUGUGCCCUCAGGAUGUAGAUUUGAUGUACGUUGAGCUCAUCCAGCGCUGUAAGCAGAUGUACCUGAUCAAGUCGGACCGUGACGAUGAAAAUGUAUACCAGCUGCCUAGUUUCCUGGACUCCAUCGCCAGUGUUCUGAUCCACCUGGAUAAAAUUCCUGAAGUGUACACAUCGGUGCUCGAGCGCCUCCUGGUGGUUCAGAUAGACACCUUCCCUCAGUACAGCCAGAAAAUGCAGUACACUACAUGUCGCUCGAUCAUCAAGGUUCUUGUUGCAAUGGCUGCCAGGGGCCCUGUCCUUUGGAGUUUCACCAGCUCUGUGGUUCACCAAGGUUUGAUUCGGGUGUGCUCGAAACCAGUUAUUCAAGUAGAGGAGGAAAGUGUUGUUCAGAGUACUGUCAGGACUGAAGAGGCAGCUGGUGAUCCAGCAGUGGUGCGCUCUGGGAAAUGGAAGAUUCCAUCUUCGAAGGACUAUCUGGAUCUUUUCAAGGGGCUUCUGGACUGUGAAAAUAUGAAGGACACUGGCUUUCUUGAUGGUGCUGCAUUAACCAGGAAUUACAGCCUGAAAGCUCUGAACAUACUCCUGUAUGAUGCUCUGGUACAGUCUAUCAUGAAGAUUGUGGAAAAGCUUGAUCUUUCUUUGCAGAAAGUGAACACAGAUGAUGAGGGACAGAGUGAUGUGAGCUCUGGAUUUAUGCCCUCUUCUGAUCCCACAAGCAACCUGAUACCCAACAAGCCCAAAGAUUUCACCGCCUUUGUAAAUUUAGUGGACUUUUGCAGUGCAUUACUUCCAUCGAAGAACCCUGAAUAUUUUACUCAGUGGGUUUACCCUCUGUGCCAUGAGCUCAUCCUUCAGUCAAUACGCUUCCCUCUGGUCAGCGGCUUCUACAAGCUUCUUUCUCUCUCUAUGGUCAUUGCCAAGAAGAUCAAAUACUUUCAGGGUCAAGGCCCCAAAAGCACCAGCGACGGCUCCCAGGCUGGGAGUGCCUGUUUUGCACUUGUCUCCAAGUUUGGCAAGGAGGUGUGUAUGCGUAUUAAACAGUAUAAAGAUGAGCUUCUGGCUGCAUGUCUGACUUUUGUGCUGUCUCUCCAUCCUGACAUGGUGGCUUUGGACAUCAAAGCGUACAUCCCUGCACUACAGGCUGCUCUGCGGCUGGGUCUAAGCCACGCCCCUCUGGCCACCGCAGCGCUGGAUGCUCUGGAAUCAUGGUCCUCCUCCAUCUCUUACUACAUCAUCCAACCCCACUAUAUGGACAUACUGCCUCACCUGGACGGCUACCUAAAAACAGGCACCAGCAGUGAUAACGAUGAGAGCAGCAUGAACGUUACGUUUGUGUCUUCGGGCACUGCAAAAGGUUACGGCAAAGUUAUGAUGAGGCUCCUGCAGAAGUCCAAACACCUGCCCAUGGGAGACGAGUCUCCCAUCGCUGCAGUACGACGGCGAGUGGUGCGGCUUUUAGGCCAUCUUGGAGGACAACUGAACAGAAGUUUGGUUACAGCCAUUUCUGCAGAGGACAUGAUGAGACGGUUUGUAGCAUGGGACAGUGAGAAAAGGCUGAGCUUCGCGGUGCCAUUCAAGGACAUUAAGCCUGUAAUCUACCUGGACCUUUUCCUGCCGAGAAUCACCGAGCUUGCUCUCUCCUCUAGUGACAGGCAAACUAAAGUGGCAGCGUGUGAGCUUCUCCACAGUCUGGUGGUGUAUAUGGUGGGGAGAGGAGCUCAGAUGACAGAGGGAGAGAAGUCGACUCCACCCAUGUACAAUCUGCACAAACGGGUCUUCCCUGUGCUGCUACGCCUAGCCUGUGAUGUUGAUCAGGUGACAAGGCAGCUGUUUGAGCCUUUGGUGAUGCAGCUGAUUCACUGGUUUACCAACAACAAAAAGUUUGAGAGUCAGGACACAGUAGCAGUGCUGGAAGCCAUUCUGGAUGGAGUGGUGGACCCCCUGGACAGCACCUUGAGGGACUUCAGUGGCCGCUGCAUUCAGGAGUUUGUGAAGUGGUCGAUCAAACAGACCACCCCAGAGCAGCAGAAAAAGAGCCCGGCCAACAUCAAGUCCUUGUUCAAGCGCAUUUAUAGUCUUGCCCUGCACCCCAAUGUUUUCAAGAGACUGGGAGCUGCACUGGCAUUUAACAACAUCUACAGACACUUAAGAGAGGAAAACUCUCUUGUGCAGCAGUUUGUAUUUGAGGUGCUAGUGGUGUUUGUGGAGAGCUUGGCUUUAGCACACUCGGAUGAAAAAUCACUGGGAACGGUACAGCAGUGCUGCAGUGCUUUGGACCAUAUUAAAAGGAUAAUCAAACACAAGGCAGACUCGCUUAAUCAGAAUGUCAGGAGACGCAUACCUAGGGGAUUCCCUCCAGACCAGUCCCUGAGUCUCGGCGACAUGGUCCAUUGGUUGCUGACCCAAUGUGGACGUCCACAGACCGAAUGUCGUCACAAGUGCCUUGAGCUCUUCUACGAGUUUGUCCCACUUCUGCCAGGUAAGACUACUCCUGCACAGUGGCUGGAAGAGCAGGUUAAAAAAGAGGGUCAGAGGUUUUUAAUCACACGUCUGGAAGGAGGAGGCUUGCUAUACCAACCCACUUUGAGAGAAGUGGAAGCCCCUUUCAGUGUCCGAGCCACCCUGCAGUGGAUGGAUCUUCUACUGGCUGUUCUUGACUGCUACAACACCUUCACCAGUCUCUGCCUCAUGCAGCCCCAAAGAAUUCUGGACCCUGGUGAGAAGUCCAGCUUCCUGCCAGCCCUCCGUUUCUUCCUGACAGAACUGGCAUUGCAUGACCUGAAGGCUGCCAGGGCCUGUUUCAAAGCGGCCGACUCGACCUGGCCACACUUUAGCCCUCUUGAGAUAGAGCUCUACAACUACAACAAGUGCACCAUCAUAGUGCGCCUGCUGGAGUUCUCCACCAUGGUGCUGCUCAAAUGCCAGAAGGAUGUCUGGAAGCUACUGGAACAGGAUUUUUUUGGCGCCACCUUCUUCACACUAGUCAGCAUGAUGGUAUGUGAACCUUCUUCUAUUGGCUUCAACAUGGCCGAUUUGGAGGUGAUGACUCGGUUGCCGGAGGUGUGUGUACCGCUGCUGAAGGCUCUGGCCGCAACACCGUACAGGACUGAGCUGGAGAAUGGCAUUAGGAAGAACAUAACGGACCAAUGUGUGGAGGAGUUGUGUGCAGUAGAUCUGUAUGAUCCGGACUCUCAUGACAGCCAUGCCAAGCUGGAACUCUUACUCUCAGCCUGUAAACAGUUUCAUCAGAGUGGGAUUCUCAGCUCUGUCCUACACAGCCAGGAUUUGGCUUACAGUAGGUCUUUAGGUUCCAAACUUCUCAUGGCAGUAUACAAAGGCAUUGCACCUGGAGAGAACAGGAAGUCCCUCCCCUCUAUGGAUGUCAGUAGCAGGAAGCUAGCUAAUGGUCUUGUGCAGCUGGCUUUCUCACUGGGUGAUCAGACAGAGCAGUUGGUGGGUCUGCUGCUCAACUCGAUCACCCUGUCAGUGCCUUUAUCUGGCAGCCUGAAUCCUCACUUCCUCAGCUUCUCCCAUGGAGAAUAUUUCUACAGCCUUUUCCAAAAUGCCACCAAUGCAGAACUCUUAAGACAGCUGGACCGCUCCGUGCCUCUGCUGCUUACUGCAGCAACUCAGAGCCCUGGCAUGGUUAGUGUCCUCCUCAAUGGCAUGUUGGACCACAGUUUCCGUGAGCGUUCUGUCAGGAAGACUCAAGGCUCACGAUUGGCAGAGCAAGUACUGAAGCAGUGGGACUUGCUGAAACCCUGGUGGACAGGCCCCUCCUCUUCGCCGGAGAGCAAAACCUCAACUAUUACACUGCUUUCCAAAGUUUUGCAGAUUGACUCUUCAGUAAGCACAAAUACUAAUCACCCAGCUUUUACUGCUGUUUUUGCUACCUUUACCACCCUCAUCACAGAUACAGCUCUGCCCUUAAAUCUAAAGAGCCAGGCCCUGAUCAUGCUGCCCUUCUUCACUACGUUACCCAGUGGUCCGUUGGAAGAUCUGCAGAGAGCUCUGGAGGCUUUAGUGGCUGCUCAUUUCCCCAUGCAGUCAGACGAGUUCCCUCGUGGAUCACUCCAGCGCAACAACUACAUGGACUGUGUUCGUAAGUUUUUAGAUGCCUUGGAGCUAUCUCAGAGUCCUCUUCUGUUGAAACUAAUGACUAAAGUGCUGUGUCGUGACAAAAAACACAUCAUGGAAGACCUCUUUCAGACCUGCUUCCAGCGAAUCGCACGACAGUCGAGUUGUGAAGGGCAAGUUCUUCUUCUCUGCACUAUCUAUACGAUGUUCCAGGACAAAGAUCAUCUGAACUCCAUGCUCCUGGGCCUGCUGGACAGAGUGCUGGUUCCACUGGCCACUCACUGUAGUGCUAAAGCUCUGUCUCAAUUUUUCAUCACCAACGUGGCUAACAUCAUGACUACUCUACAGGCACGCUUCACGAAAACCAUCGAGUCUGCUUUUGAGAGACAAAUUAUCAUGAAGAUUGGCUGCUGUAAGCUGUUGGAGUUGCUUUACUCUCGUCUGCCUAAAGAAGAGGUUUACUCUAAAGACUCGGCCAUCAACCAGGCCUUCUGCGGACCAAUCAAGGCAGAGGGGAACGAGUUAUCCAAGACCCUGCUCAAGUCAUGUUUUGAGGCUUUCACUGAGAACAUGGCGGGAGAGAGCGCUUUGCUGGAAUUGAGGAGGCAGUAUCACUGCGCUGCUUACAACUGUGCCAUCGCUCUCAUCAGCUGCAGCUUCAACGAGACCAAGUUCUACCAGGGCUUCCUCUUCACUGAGAAACCUGAAAAGAAUCAGUUUAUUUUUGACAACCUCAUUGACACACAGAGGACAUACAGUUUUCCCAUAGAGAUUGAUUUUCCCAUUGAAAGGAAAAAGAAAUAUGUAAUGAUCAGAAAGGAAGUGAGUGGAGAAAAUGGAGAUGCACCAGUAUACCUCUCUUCCCAGUCCUACAUGGCUGAUAGUAGUCUCAGUGAGGAGAUGAGUCAGUUUGACUUCUCUACAGGAGUCCAGAGCUUCUCCUACAACUCCCAGAAUCCCUCAGGCCAUGGCAACACUAGUAGGGCAAGGAAGCAUGUGGAGGUUCUGUCUCAGGACGAGAGUGUUGAGUUGGAGAUGGAUGAGCUGAACCAGCACGAGUGCAUGGCCACCAUGACUGCCCUGUUCCGCCACAUGCAGAGAAACAACAUCACUCCUAAAGUAGAGGAAAGUGUGAUACCAAGUGAUCUUCCUCCCUGGAUGAAAUUUCUGCAUGGGAAGCUAGGUAAUCCAUCCACUCCUCUGAACAUUCGACUGUUCAUCGCCAAGCUCAUUAUCAACACUGAGGAGGUGUUCCGUCCCUACGCUAGGCAUUGGCUGGGUCCGCUUUUACAGCUGGUGGUUUCUAGUAACAAUGGUGGAGAGGGCAUCCACUUUAUGGUGGUGGAUAUAGUGGUCACUCUCCUCUCCUGGACCAGUGUGGCCACUCCAAAGGGUAACACCAGAGAUGAAGUCCUGGCCAAUCGUCUAAUGGUGUUUCUAAUGAAAAACUGUUUCCAUGCCAAAAGGGCAGUAUUCAGGCACAAUCUGGAGAUCAUCCGCACCAUAGUGGAGUGCUGGAAAGACUGUCUGCACAUACCAUACAAUUUGAUAUUCGAUUACUACUCUGGAAAGGACCCUAAAAGUAAAGACAACUCUGUUGGGUUGCAGCUUUUAGGAAUAGUUCUGGCUAAUGAUCUCCCCCCUUACGACCCUGCUUGUGGCAUUGAACAUGACAGGUACUUCCAGUGUUUGGCCAACAACCUGUCCUUUAUCAGAUAUAAAGAAGUCUACUCUGCUGCAGCGGAGAUCAUCGGGUUAAUCCUGAAAUACAUGACUGACAAGGAAAGUCAAAAUAAGGAUCCAUUGUUUAGUGCAACUGUGACCAAACUGACAGAUUUGAAGAACAAGGAUCUGGGUGACAAAUUUGUUAUUUGUUUGUCCAAACUAUCUAAGCACUUCCCACCUAUGGUGGAUCGAUUUGUGAAUUUUGUUUUCACCCUGAUGCCAAAACUGCACGGCAUACUGAAAACGUACUGCCUGGAGUGUGUGCUGAGCCGUGCUGAUGUUAUCCCUGAUAUUUUCCUGCACCUCAAGACCAAGGACCUCACCCAGAUGAUGGCCCACAGAGAUGAGGCAAGGCAGCGAGUGUGUCUGGACAUCGUGCAUAAGAUCCUGGCUAUUCUGAAGCCUGAGGAGAUGAAGGAAAUUUUAGGGGCAGUCAAUGCUUUUGUCUCUCACCCCUCCCCUGCAUGCAGGGAGAGGAUGUACGACAUUCUCAUGUGGAUUCAGGAUAAUUACAGUGAUGCUGAGAGCAGAGAAGAUAGCACAUGUGUGGAGGUGUUAAAUGAGGCGAAGGAAACACUUCUUCAAGGGCUGACAGACGAAAACCAGGGCUUACAGCUGUACGUACGUAACUUCUGGAGUCAUGAGAAGCGUUUACCUCCUGCCACACUGGAGAGACUGCUGAUGGUGCUGAGCUCUCUCUACUCACCCCGCAUCGAGGAGCGCUUCCUUAGCCUGGCUACAGACUUGCUGCUGGAAAUGACCAGUCAGAGCCCCGACUACACACGCAACAUGUUCGAGUUCCCACUUUCAGAGUGCAAAUUUCUGGAUUACACAAUUGACUCUAACUGGCGUCUGAGGAGCACAGUGCUCACUCCAAUGUUCAUGGAGACCCAGGUGACCCAGGCAUCAGGCACGCAGCGAGCGGAUAGUGCAGAGAUGCAGCCAGCCAGUAUGAAGGGCCAAAUCCGAGCCACCCAGGCCUCCCUGGAGUUUUCCCAGACUCAGGCUCCUGGUGCAGGUCGACGUUCAGCAUAUAACUGGUUAACUGGAAGUAGUGUGGACACACUAGCAGAUUAUUCCUUGUCCUCUGACUCUGCGUCCUCUCUGCUGGUGUUCGAGAAGAAGAGAGGAGAGAGGCCUGCAGCCUGGCGAGCUGUAGGUGCCAACUUUGGCUCUAAACGCCUCACGAACCCUACCGAUGAGACAGACAGUCGAAGUGCAGCUGAACGGGAAAGACGUGCUGAUAUCCUAAGACUGAGGCAACGGUUCCUGAAGGACAAAGAGAAAGAAAACAUAAAGUUUGCCAAGAGGGAAAUUCAGUCACAAAGAACUGAAAGGGAAAAAAGGGCCACCCAGAAAAUACAACGAGAAGCUCAGGUGACCUUGUACCGUAGCUACAGGGUGGGAGACCUGCCUGACAUUCAGAUCCAGUACAGCAGUCUUAUCGCACCCUUACAGGCUCUCGCUCAGAGAGACUCCACCCUCGCCAAACAGCUGUUCAGCUCCCUGUUUUCUGGCGUGCUGGUGGAGAUGGAGCAAUCCAGGCCUUCUAAAGAGAGGGAGGGAAUACUGAAAAAUUUACUGCAAGACUUGAACAACUUCCUACACAAAAGCACGACAUACUUCCCACCAUUUAUUGCUUGUGUACAAGACAUGUGUUACCAGCACUCAGCUCUACUGGAUGUGCAGCCUGCCAGUGUCAGUGCUAGCUGUUUGGCCAGUCUACAGCAGCCCAUGGGCAUCCUCCUCUUGGAGCAGAGCCUCUUACACUCCAGCAGUGUGCCAAACGAACCUCCUUCCAAACGGGCACGAGGCAAGAAGGAGCUGCCCCCUGACACAGAGCGCUGGAUUCAUCUAGCCAAGUUGUAUAGGUCUUUGGGGGAUUAUGAUGUUGUGAGGGGCAUCUUUGGUGGAAAGAUUGGCACGAAGCCCAUCACAUGCACUGCACUGCAGAGAGAAGCAAAAGGUGACUACGCUGAGGCAGUAAAGCUUUACAAUGAGGCACUGAACACAGAGGAUUGGAUGGAUGGUGAGCCCACAGACACAGAGAAGGAUUUCUGGGAGAUAGCAGCUCUAGAGGCCUACAAUCACCUGACUGAGUGGAAGUCUGUACAGUACUGUGCUACAGUUAAUAUAGACAACAGCUCCACCGUUAACCUGGACAGGAUGUGGGAAGACCCAUUUUAUCAGGAAACUUACCUGCAGUACAUGAUGCGCAGCAUGUUGAAGCAGCUGCAGCAGGGGCAGAGGGACCAGGCUCUGCUAAGCUUUGUGGAUUCUGCCAUGAAGGUGGAGCAACGAAAACUGGUAAUGGAGACACACUACAGUCAAGACCUCAGUCUCCUCUACAUCCUGCAAGAGGACUACGAUCGUGCUAAAUACUAUGCCAACAACUGCAUGCAGGUCUUCAUGCAGAACUACUCCAGUGUUGAUCCUCUGCUGAACCGCAGUCGUCUGACCAUGCUCCAGUCAGUCCAAGCUCUCACCGAGAUUCAGGACUUCCUACAUUACAUCACAGGAGAGGUCUCAGUGGGUUCUUUGAAAAGUCUGAUCAAGAGGUGGACCAGUCGCUACCCUGAUGCUAAAAUUGACCCCAUGAACGUGUGGGAUGACAUCAUUACAUCCCGGUGUUUCUUCCUGGAUAAGAUCUGGGAGAAGCUGUACUCAUCUCCUGCUCACAGUAUGGAGGUGGAUGGAGCUGAGCAGGACAGCACAGCAGAAGAGUUAGCAGCACUAGUGAAGGACUGCAAGUUUAAUAUGAAACUGAACAUGGCAGAUAGUGCCUGGAAACAGAACAACUUCUCCGUUGCGACCAAGCUGUUGAAAGAGCUUCAUAGGGAGGCGAAGGCUGAGAAAGGUCGGCUACAGCGCUGGGUGCACAGCUUCAGCCGUUUCAGCCAGCGGAGGAGCCAGACCCAGGGGCCCGCUGAGCAGAUUAGCUCCCUGCUCAAGACUGUCCCACUGCUUGAGGAGUUUGAGAAGCAGAGUGAAGGCUUCACUGGAAAGGUGUUCAGAGACCAGAGGAUCCUGCUGGGCACCACCUUUGACCUUUUGGCUAGCGCUGUGCACCGCAGUCCCUCAGCCCUGGAGGCCCUUGGAGGAGAGAAAGCACAGAGAGUUGUAGAACUUUCCAGGGCAUCUUCCAGUGACCGGGUGGUGGAGGGAUUGCAGACACGUGCUCUCGAGCUAUUACACAGUGCUGCACGCAAGGCUGAGGAAGAGGAGCAGUCAUUUAGCCAAAAGCAUGCAGACACACUGGGCAUUGUGGAGGCCUACAUGACUCUUGCUAACUUCUGUGACCGCAGACUGAGGGAGGAGGAACAAAGAGAAGAGAUGAGCAGUUCUCCCGAGAUGCAGAGUUUGCCUGCUCAUGUAGUGAACAUGAUGCUAAAAGCGCUGAAGCUCAACUCCGAGGAAGCCAGACUUAAGUUCCCUCGCUUACUGCAGCUGGUGGAGCUCUACACUGCAGAGACUCUGGACCUGAUGGCCAAAGAGGUGGUAAGCGUGCCCUGCUGGCAGCUGAUUGGCUGGAUCAGUCAGAUGAUGGCUCUGUUGGACAAACCAGAGGCAGUGGCAGUGCAGCAUGUGGUAAUGGAGAUUGCGGAGUGCUACCCACAAGCACUCAUCUACCCCUUCAUGAUAAGCAGUGAAGGCUACACGUUUGAAGAGUCUGCUAUCGGUCAUAGGAACCAGGAGUUUGUCCAUAAGCUAAAGUCAAAACUGGAUAGAGGAGGAGUUUUUCAAGAGUUUGUUGAUGCUCUUCAGCAGCUCACCAACCCUGAAAUGCUCUUUAAAGAUUGGUGGGAUGAGGUUAAGAGUCAGUUGGAGAAGCCCAACAUGGACAAGAAAAUGAUGAAGACACUGUAUGAAGAAAUGAGCACCUCACUCUGCAACUCCAAAGCCCCAGGAAUUGGAUCCUUCCGGAAAAAAUUCAGCCAGACAUUCUCCAAAGAAGUGGAGAAGCUUUUUGGCUCAGGUGGCUUGAAGGUAUACGAAAAGCGUAAAGAUAAGGAUUAUAUUAGGAGAGUGGAUGAGCUGGUGUCGUCCAUGAGAUGCUUCCAGAAAGAGCCAGGGAAUCUGAAGGAGUACUCACCCUGGCUCAGUAACUUCAGCGCAGACACACUCAGGAACGAGCUGGAGGUGCCAGGUCAGUAUGACGGAAGAUCCAAGCCUCUGCCUGAGUACCAUGCGAAGAUCACAGGGUUCGAUGAAAGGGUAAAGGUUAUGACUUCCAUUCGCCGUCCAAAACGUCUCAUCGUGCGAGGCAACGAUGAAAGGGACCACCCGUUCUUGGUGAAGGGAGGAGAGGACCUGCGGCAGGACCAGCGUAUCGAGCAGCUCUUUGGUGUCAUGAACAUCAUUCUCAGUCAGGACACAGCCUGCUCACAACGCAGCCUGACACUCCGUACCUACCAGGUUGUUCCAAUAACCAGCAGAAUUGGGCUGAUAGAGUGGAUGGAAAAUACCUGCACACUGAAAGACUUCCUGGCCAGCAAAACGACUGAUAAAGAGCAGAGGAAUAUAACCCUGCCCAAUCAAAUCUAUGACACUUGGCUAAGUAAAAUUGCUGUGAGGAUUGAGGGAAUAAGACGAUACGCUGAGACAUACAAGAAGGCCAAUCGCACAGACACCGUAAAUAACUUUAAACGGAUUGAGCAGAGUGUACCAGAGGAUCUGCUGAGACGAGCCUUUGUGAAGAUGAGUACGACGCCUGAGGCCUUCCUUUCGUUGCGCUCUCACUUUACCAGCUCCCACGCACUGCUCUGCAUCAGUCACUGGGUGCUGGGUAUCGGAGACCGUCACCUCUCCAAUUUCAUGAUCAAUACUGAAACAGGUGGCAUGAUUGGCAUUGACUUUGGCCAUGCUUUUGGAUCAGCUACUCAGUUUCUGCCAGUGCCAGAGCUGAUGCCUUUCCGGCUUACACGUCAGUUUGUAAGUCUGAUGAAGCCCAUGGCGGAGUCCGGCCUGAUCCGCAGUGUGAUGGCGCACUCACUCCGGGCCUUCAGGGAAGAGCCUGACCUCCUCCUCAACACCAUGGAUGUUUUUGUCAAAGAGCCUUCUCUGGACUGGAAGAACUUUGCACUAAAGCAGCUUAAGAAAGGAGGCACCUGGACUGAGAGUGUAGAUACCAAAGAGAUCAACUGGUACCCUCUACAAAAGAUUGACUUUGCUCGCAAGAAGCUAGAGGGAGCCAACCCCUCAGUUAUAACGAGUGAGGAGCUGCGUCUCGGCUUUGAGAAGGACUCUGCGUUUAAGGGCAUGUUGGCUGUGGCUAGAGGAACUGAGGAACACAACAUCCGUGCCCGGCUUGGAGAGACAGAGCUGAGCGUGGAAGAGCAGGUGGACUGUCUUAUUGAUCAGGCAACUGAUCCCAACAUACUUGGAAGGACCUAUACAGGCUGGGAACCUUGGAUGUGAGGAUUUUUACAUGUAGUGUCAAUACAGAUCUCUUAUACUAGUGUUCUGUCAGAAUCAUUCCUGUGACUACACUGUGGUGUUGCACCCUUGUGGCCACCUUAUAAUUUGAUGUGUCUUUUACACAUAAUAAUAACUUAACAUACUAUAAUAAUAACAUCUUUUAGACAUAAUAAUAAUACCUGGUGUGUUUUAGAGUGGGGAGGGAUUGGGCUUGGAGUUCUUUUGGCACUGAGGUCAGAAAUGCAUAUUAAUGUUUUUCACUGUAUGUUAAUUUGGUAGUUCUGUUCAUCUCCACACACAUAGCACUGUGUGUAAAUUAUGUGAAUAAAUGCAAAAAAAAAAAACCACACACAUCCUGCUUGAAAUUAAUA